CACAAGGGUAGACUCUGUUGCUCUAGCCUGAUAGUGUUGCUAAUUACUGACUUUUUUCUUUUUUAAAAAUAAUGUAUAUUUGGCUGCUUUUAUGUGGUGUGUCAAAGUCUUGUGGGGCUGGGUUUGCCCACACUAAAAGGAGUUUCGGAAGUGGCAUGUCCUGUGUUACACUCAGCCUUUCUGAUUCUUUGUAGGUUAAUCUUGCUCGUUGUAGAUCUGUGGCAAAACAUCUAGAAAUGCCAAUCUGCCAAAAACUGUUUGGUGUUUAAGCUAGAAAUCCACCCUCAGUUAAUCCCUUGGAUAUCUAUAGACCUGGCUCCUCUCAGCCAGGACAACAAAGACCACUUUUUCCAAGCCAGCUACACCAAAACGGUGGCGCAGGAGUUCUCAGUAAGGUGCUAAACUGGAAUAUGCUGGAUCAGGGCUUGGCUGUAGGACCAGCAGUCAUGCUUGAGCCAUGCAGCUUUGCCAGACCUUAGCCAGAUGUCGUCUCUUCAUACUCUUCAUGCUCUUCAUGCUCUCUGCUGCAUCAUGGGGCUUUUCCAUGGUGCAAUUCCCCUUCGCAAAAAUCCAUUUGAACUAUUGAGGCAGGUGGAUGUACUGCUGGCAACCCUAAGCAGUUUAGAUAGCUAAAAUGAUAGCUACUUGUGUAAUUUUAAAUCAAACUCUUGUUCAUCUAAAUGUGACCAUGUUAUUUAUACAUUAGUGUUUGCUGCCAGUUGUUGCACAGUAUUUAUACAGUAUCUUUCAUUGCAUCAUGUCCUUAUUGGUGAUCCUUUUUGAUGCUGAGUACCCCCUUACAUUAUUUCAGAUCAUGAGCAAUAAGGUGAUAAUAAAGAUUUGCACAGAUAAACUCCCUCACAUGUUCCUUUUGAGAGGAUGAAAAAAAUGUGGCAGGAUUUCCAUUUGAAUUAACGCAUGAAUGACAGAGAAAUUAAAGGAAGUUCCCUAGUACAGCCCUGAUGCCUGUAGUAUUUAGAGGUCUUAGAGCUUCUUGAGAACAGCUGUGAGAUUCCAACACCCUGCACUUUUCCUGGUCUUGCCUUCUUUUGAAGGACUGACAGGAGCAGGGAGAAUGAUCCCACCCUCUGAUUGGGGAGAGUCAGCGAUGUGCUUCCCUGAGGAGCUGUGGGAGCCUGGCUUAGCCUGAGGGAAGGUCAGCAAAUGUGUAGGGCAGGAGCACGGGGCAGGGGAAGAGUACAACAGAUGUCUGGAGCUGAGAAGAAGCCUUCUAUCCUGUGGCUGUUGUGCUGUCACAGCGGCAUUUACAGUGUUACUGCCAUGCUGUGGUAGUGUUCUGUGGGCACGGUAAAUUCUCUGGAAAAGCCUCUGAGAUCUUGAAAGUCUUGUGCCAGGUGACCUGAGCACUCUCCUGCCCUGUGGGAAUCGCCAUGGAGCAGGGUGCUGUUGUCAGCCCAUGCCACUGAGGUACUGCCGCCUCUGAAGCUCUCCAAAUUAUACUGGGGUCUUUCGGGUGAAACAGGAAAAAGAGAGAGGAGCACAAAGGCAUAUCAUUAUUUUUAGUCUGCUGAAGUCGGAGGUUCUGGCCCUCUGGUUAUCCAGGGUGGUACCUUUUUUUUUUUGCUGUGGUUCCUCUCAUUCCUUAAUACCAUUCUGUAGCUUUUUCAGACCAGGUAGCACAUACUUCUGCCAACAUAGAGACGGAUUGACAAAAACAUCAGUGCAGCCACAGACAGAGGGACAAUAAGUACAGGAUCUGGCAGAAACACUCAUUAUGACAGGCUUUAAAUUAGUAAAAAUUUACACAACAGCCCAGGUCUAACUGCUGGGCUGAUGUCUGUAGUUGUGGUUCUGCUUUCCUCCACUUUCCAGACCAGGGAAGGGGAGAGGUUUCAUGAGGUGGGAAAUGCUGCAGGCUGCAGUGAAUGCUCUAUUCAGACCUAGUUGUGGAAGAAAUUAUCUAGCAGACACCACUGAAAGAAAGGGAUGGGGUCUCCUGCUUAGAACAGAUAGAAGUUGCAGUUUGCUGGAAGAUAGGGGCGUGACAGCCUGUAUUGGCCCAAUUGUAGCCUGGAUGUUGGUGGCUGCGGUAGGAUGCCGGUACCAGGGUGGAUGUACCUGUGAUGUGACUUAAGCUAUCUGUUCUUUUGUUGUGAGCAACUUAAGUUUUUCUGAAGUGAGUUUCCUUGGCAGUGCAGAGACUGAAGUCAUGUUACUAAAAACUUACAGUUGCUUUUCCAGGACAGCAAAAACAAAGUUGUUCUUCAAAGCCAGGAGCGCUGCUGCUCUACAGUACAGAUGCAUAGAAUUUUAUCAACUUGUCCCUGCGAUCCUCAGAUGUGGUUCUGUUUUUAGGCUGCAGAAGAAAACAUGGAUCCAAAUUUCCAUUUCCACAGGGCAGAAGGGCAGUGCGGCCGCCUGCUCUCGCCGCACCUCGGCUCCCUGCAGGUCCUUCACGGCAACGGCACCGAUGUGGGGACAGUGGUGGCGUUCCAGUGCUCCGCCGAGCACCAGCUGGAGGGACCGGACACCGUCACCUGCGUUUGGAAAGGGAACAGCACGCAGUGGACAGCCGGAGUGCCCUCCUGCAAGCCCAUAUCAAAAUACGAGACUUUUGGCUUUAAGGUCGCAGUGAUUGCCUCCAUUGUGAGCUGUGCUGUCAUUCUGCUGAUGUCCAUGGCUUUCUUAACUUGCUGUCUGAUUAAGUGUGUGAAGAAAAGUGAGAGGAGGAGAACUCAAAGAGAAAUGCAGCUGUGGUACCAGCUGAGGACUGAAGAACUAGAGCACAUGCAAGCUGCUUACUUUGGUUUUAAGGGAAGAAACAAUAACAACAGUAAGAAACUCAGGAAUACAUCUGUAUCUGGUGAUGCGACUGACAUGGCAUAUGAUAACCAAGGCUUCUACAGGUCCCAGGGAGAGCGGACUCGGGAUGUCGUAGUUCCUGGGUGUUGCAAAGACAACAGUCACCUGCUGAAGGUAGCCAAGAGCAGUGGUGCACCUGGGGCACACACGGUACCGAGACACAACGCUGCACUGCAGACGGUGAACUCCAUACACGUUGUUGAAGUCUACAGUCAUAAGGAUAGUUACAGCAAACCAACCUGCCAGUUACCUGGAUAGCUGGUGUCUGAAAUGCAACUGCUUCUCUGGACCAAAAUGAAAUGUCAAUAGAAAUAUGUGCCUUAAAGACAACAUAGAAAGUUCAUUAUUCAUAUGAACUGUAAGUUUUCUAUAUUCCAAGAUGGUUAUUUAAGAGAAAUGCUUCAAGGUCUGAUACAAAUAAAGAUGUGAAUAUUGGGGCUGUCAAUCCAGAGCUGUUCUCUGUAGUGUGCUGUGCAGUGUGACCAUGAUGAAAGCACAGUGCUCUUCUGCACAGCAUAGAGGCAUAUUUGCCUUAUAUGAAGUUGCUGAUAAUAAUUGCACACCUCUCAGAUUUCAGUCUUCUCUGAAUCAGUGGGUUUUGUAAGAAUUUCAGAAAGAAAACUCCCCCAUAUUUUUACAAAGUAGCAUGAUAGAACUACAAAAAAAUUUGGUUUUAAUUAAAUGCCCCAUUGUUUUGUAUUAGAAAGGUCUUUAAUUCAUCUGCUCUGUGUUUAGAGACCAUGUAAGACUGGGUGCAACAAAGGCCCGUCUGCAGGUCUGCCAGCCUAUGGGAGAGAAGAUGGCACAUGGAGGGGUGUGGUGUGGUGCUGUGGCACACCUUGGGACCCCCACCAGUGACCUCCUGUAGCUUCUACUGGUGUCCCAGUGUGAGAGCAGUUGAUGUGCAGGUGGGGACAGCAGUGCAGCCUUCCUGGAGCAGGCAGCUCGGGAUCGCUGCAGCAUCAUCCCUGUGACACCUCUCUAAAUAAAGGGCUGAGGUAGCUUUUGAA